GGUCAAAAUCAAUCAGGAGCAGGUGGUUCAGGAGGAGAUAAAAAAGAUGAUAAAGACAAAAAAAAGAAAUAUGAGCCUCCAAUUCCAACUCGAGUUGGUAAAAAGAAACGUCGUACUAAAGGCCCGGACGUGGCUGUUAAACUACCGCAAGUGACUCCACACACAAGAUGUAGGCUGAAGCUUUUGAAAUUAGAGAGGAUAAAGGAUUAUUUAUUGAUGGAAGAGGAGUUCAUUAGGAACCAAGAAAGACUAAAGCCCCAGGAAGAAAAAAAUGAAGAAGAAAGAUCUAAAGUUGACGACUUAAGAGGAACUCCUAUGUCGGUUGGAACGUUGGAAGAAAUUAUUGACGACAAUCAUGCGAUAGUAUCCACAUCUGUAGGUUCUGAACACUACGUAUCAAUUCUUUCCUUCGUGGAUAAAGAUCAGCUGGAACCGGGUUGCUCGGUUUUACUAAAUCAUAAGGUUCAUGCAGUUGUUGGUGUUCUUGGAGAUGAUACAGACCCUAUGGUUACUGUCAUGAAAUUGGAAAAAGCACCUCAGGAAACCUAUGCUGAUAUUGGAGGACUUGAUACACAAAUUCAAGAAAUCAAGGAGUCGGUUGAAUUACCACUAACUCAUCCAGAGUACUAUGAAGAAAUGGGAAUAAAACCACCAAAAGGUGUUAUAUUGUACGGACCUCCUGGUACUGGAAAGACUUUACUCGCUAAGGCUGUAGCGAAUCAAACUUCCGCGACUUUCCUACGCGUUGUUGGAUCUGAGUUGAUUCAAAAAUACCUUGGAGAUGGUCCGAAACUUGUUCGUGAACUCUUCAGAGUCGCGGAAGAACAUGCACCAUCAAUUGUAUUUAUUGAUGAAAUAGACGCUGUUGGUACAAAACGGUAUGAUAGCAACAGUGGUGGUGAGAGAGAAAUUCAAAGAACUAUGUUGGAAUUAUUGAAUCAACUUGAUGGAUUUGACAGUCGUGGUGAUGUAAAAGUUGUUAUGGCAACAAAUAGAAUAGAAACCUUGGAUCCUGCAUUAAUUCGUCCCGGUCGUAUAGAUCGUAAAAUAGAAUUCCCACUUCCUGAUGAGAAGACCAAGAGACGUAUCUUCAAUAUUCACACCAGCAGAAUGACUUUGGCGCCAGAUGUUAAUCUAUCAGAGUUAAUCAUGUCAAAGGAUGAUCUUUCUGGAGCUGACAUAAAAGCUGUUUGCACUGAAGCCGGUUUAAUGGCACUGCGUGAACGUCGAAUGAAAGUCACAAAUGAUGACUUUAAAAAAUCUAAAGAAAGCGUUCUUUACAGAAAGAAAGAAGGAUCGCCAGAGGGACUUUACUUGUAA